UUCUAGCUUUCUUUCCUCACUCACUCCCAGGCUCCCCUGCAUCACUCUUGAUGGCACCCAUUACUCACCGCUACUCCCAACUGCCCAGGGAUGAGAAUCCCAAGACGCUGGAGGACCGCAAGCUGCCAGUGUUGGUGUGGAUCCUGCUGGGCCUCCUGCUGUUAGUGGUGUUAGGUCUGUCUGUGGCAAUAGGCGUUUUGGCUGCCAAGUUCAAUAUCCCAGCUCGCAAGGAUGGCCUCCCGGCUGAGCAGGAGUGUCGAAACAUCACCCACCUCCUGGAGCAGGUGCUGACCCGGGUCCAGGAAGUCUUACGGGGGACCGAGGCCCAAGCUGCCACUUGCAACCAGACUGUGGAGACCCUGAAGAUUUCCCUGAAAGAGGAGAAGGCUGCGGGCCACAAGCAACAGGAGCUGGUGCAGAAGCUUCAAGAGGAGAUCAAGACAUUGAAUCAGUCGCUGCAGGACAAAUCCGCGGAGCUGGAUGAGAAAUCCGCGGAUCUAGAGAAGAAAUCCAGGGAUCUGGAGAAGAAAUCCGCGGAUCUGCAGAAGAAAUCCGCGGAUCUGGAGAAGAAAUCCGCGGAUCUGCAGAAUAAAUCCGAGGAUCUGGAGAGGAAAUCCGCGGAUCUGGAGAAGAAAUCAAGAGAUCUGGAGAAGAAAUCCGGGGAUCUGGAGGAGAAAUCCGCGGAUCUGGAGAAGAAAUCCGGGGAUCUGGAGAAGAAAUCAAGAGAUCUGGAGAAGAAAUCCGCGGAUCUGGAGAAGAAAUCCGCGGAUCUGGAGAAUAAAUCCACUGACCUGGAGAAGAAAUCUGUGGAUCUGGAGAAGAAAUCCGGGGAUCUGGAGAAGAAAUCCACUGACCUGGAGAAGAAAUCUGUGGAUCUGGAGAAGAAAUCCGGGGAUCUGGAGAAGAAAUCCACUGACCUGGAGAAGAAAUCCGUGGAUCUGGAGAAGAAAUCCGCGGAUCUGGAGAAGAAAUCCGUGGAUCUGGAGAAGAAAUCCGCGGAUCUGGAGAAGAAAUCCGGGGAUCUGGAGAAGAAAUCCGCGGAUCUGGAGAAGAAAUCCGGGGAUCUGGAGAAGAAAUCCGAGGAUCUGGAGAGGAAAUCCACGGAUCUGCAGAAUAAAUCCGCGGAUCUGGAGAAGAAAUCCGCGGAUCUGGAGAAGAAAUCAAGAGAUCUGGAGGAGAAAUCCGCGGAUCUGGAGAAGAAAUCCGGGGUUCUGGAGAAGAAAUCCGCGGAUCUGGAGAAGAAAUCCACGGAUCUGGAGAAGAAAUCCGGGGAUCUGGAGAAGAAAUCCACGGAUCUGGAGAAGAAAUCCGCGGAUCUGGAGAAGAAAUCCACGGAUCUGCAGAAGAAAUCCGCGGAUUUGGAGAAGAAAUCCGGGGAUCUGGAGAAGAAAUCCGCGGAUCUGGAGAAUAAAUCCACUGACCUGGAGAAGAAAUCUGUGGAUCUGGAGAAGAAAUCCGGGGAUCUGGAGAAGAAAUCCACUGACCUGGAGAAGAAAUCCGUGGAUCUGGAGAAGAAAUCCGCGGAUCUGGAGAAGAAAUCCGCGGAUCUGGAGAAGAAAUCCGGGGAUCUGGAGAAGAAAUCCGCGGAUCUGGAGAAGAAAUCCGGGGAUCUGGAGAAGAAAUCCGCGGAUCUGGAGAAGAAAUCCGGGGAUCUGGAGAAGAAAUCCGCGGAGCUGCAGCAACUAAGAAAAGAGAAUGAGGCCUUGGUCUCUGCCAAGGGCCCCCCCAACUCCGGGGUCAGCCUCCAUCUCUCCGUGGCUGCUGUGCUCCUGCCCCUGAAUCUCCUGGCUCUGCUGGUCUGAGGUCCCAGGAAGCCUUUCGGCACAUUCUAACCUGGCUGAGGGCUGUUCACCCAGAGCCAUGGGGAUUAACCUCAGAAUGCAGUCCAGGCUCCUUUUCUGAGAGUUUCCUGUCAUCUUGGAAAGAUAACAACCUGGUUCCAGAGGCGCUCUCUCCCAUUUGGCCGGCAAUCUAUCCUAAUAAACUUUCAUAGGAUUAAA